UCGGGCCAGCCGCGGCCGCCAUGUUGAUUUUUAUUUUACAUUUAUUCCACACUUAUUUCGUGCUGUUUUAGCUAGAUAAGCUCUGGUUUCUCCUGAUACGUUUCAUAAAUAGGUUAAGAUGCCGUUGGCAGUAAAGAAUGUGUGGUUACUGGUUCUGAAAAGUGAUUUUUGAAGAAUGUUUGUGCUCAGCCUGCCAGAAUACUUCCUCCAUGAUGCUUUUUGUGAGCUAAUAAGCUAAUUGGGCAUUAUAACAAGCCCGGGUACUGUUGUUAAAAGCAGAAUAAAUAUUUAGACCUGAAGCAGAAUAAAUAUAUUUUGGUUAAGAAAACAGUAAAAAUAUGUUGGACUAAAAUCAUAAAUAGAUAUAUUCUGGAUUAAAGUCACAGAUAAAAUGUAUUAAAACAUACAUUUCAUACGGUUGUGAAUAGGGAUGCACCGAUACCUCUUUUUUCCAAACCGAUGCGAUACCGAUACUUGGAUCUGAGUACUCACCGAUGCCGAUUACCAAUACCGAUACCUCAACCACACAAAAAAAUGCAAUGAUUUGGAAUACAGAUUUUAUUUUCUUCUCUGCUUUCAACAGGAAAAGACUGUGAGGUAGGGCUGGGCGAUAUGGCAAAAAUAGAAUAUCACGAUUUUUCCAAUAUUUUAUCACGAUUUCUAUUUUAUCACGAUUUUUUAUCCAUGAAUAGCAUAACUUCAAUUGCGUAUUAAAGAAGAGAAACAUUGAAUAAAUAAACAUUUAUUCAUAUUAGGGCUAAUCAGCACAGUGCUAACACGCUUAUAUUUUAAACUCACACCAGAGAUGAUAAAAGCCCUGAGAGAAACAAUUACAAAAAUCAGUUUUUCUCGUUUUUCAAGUAACUUAACAUAAAUUAAAAUCGUAAACACAUUUAAAGUGCAAACAUGACAAUUGCAAACGUAUUGUGCAAACAUUAACUUGUUCAAAAUACGGAAAACUCGUAGCGCGGAUUCAAUGUUAUUAUCAUGUUCUUAAAUCCCGCUCCUACUGUUCACACGGGACACAAAUCUUUAACCAAGUGGUACAUCACUGCAUCUGUCACGCUGUUCCAUCGUCUGCUGUCUCUGUCGUAGGGAGUGAGUUUUGUGUGUUUCUGUUAGCGUUUGCUGCCUGGAAGAAGCACUAGCCGCUGCAGCCGCAGGCUUUUUAGCUUUAGCUGCCAGCUGGCUCUCAUUGUAUUGUUUGGGAUGCCUUCUUUUCAAAUGAUUAAACAAGUUUGUGGUGUUGCCAUCACUUGCCUUGACGCUCUCCUUGUAAAUGAUGUUUCGCUGCUCUUUGUCAUCUGGUGAAAAACCAAACUAGUUCCAUAUUACGGACGAGGCGUUCCUCUUCGGAACGAAAACCUCGCUGUCGCUCUCAGCCGCGGCCGAAGCCAUGUUUGUUCACACACAGGUGAGAACAAGCGGGGCACUAAUAUAUUACUAUGACUCACUCUGAUUGGUUAAGGGUCAAACAAAGGCGUGUCAUUCGCCGGAGGUAAGUUCCCUUUUCAUUCAGAGGCAGAAUUUCAACAGCAGAGCUGUGAAUCGUGAUAAAAAGGUCUCUCAAAAAUGACAGACCGUCAGAUGUGUAGAUCGUAAAACAGUCUAAAAUCGUCAUAUCGCCCAGCCCUACUGUGAGGUAGAUAAAAAGUAAAAUAUAUGAAUGGAAAUCGUCACAAAACUAAAAUAUUAGGUGAACAGAAAUGACAAGUUACAGUGAAGCCAUUUUCAAGCAACUGCAUUGUUAUCAGUUCCUGGUAUCGGUUAACUUUUACCGAUACCAGUAUCGGUAUCGUACAUCCCUGGUUGUGAAUGUCUGUGCUGAGAGGAACCAAAUGCAUGUAUGAUUUUAAUUUUAAGGAUGCUACAUAUUAAGUGUUUAGUUUAACCAUGUGAAGGAUGAUAGUUUUGCAACUUGAAGAUACAUGGAGUUGUAUUAAUAAAAAUUUGGCGGGAGCAAGGCAAAGAUUAACAGCUCCUGUCGUCUCUUGUCUCAUCUUUUUCCUGUUUUACAGGAACAUUUAAUCUUGUCAACAGGCCCAACUCCUGGGGCUUGUUACACCUUUUUAGUUAAAAAUGCUAAUGUUUCUAAUGGAGAACAAUCUGCAUGAGCAGAACAUCAUCAGGUUUUUUCAUUCAGACCUGAAAAAUUUGAGUCUGGCUUUGGAGCUGUGCAGCAUCAGUCUCGCAGACAAUUGAAAACGCCAAUGCCUCUACAGGACAUCAGAAUAGUCAUCCAGCAACUUGCCACUCCCUUUGAUGCAUUGAAGAAGGUUGGAGUUAUCCACACUGAUGUGAAAACAAACAACAUCAUGUUGGUGGAUCAAACGAUAAAGCCUCUGCAGGUCAAGCUGAUUGACUUUGACAUGUCUGUCUUCACAAAGGACGCCAAGUCCAUCAGAGAUAAUCAGGUUCUUCGUUACAAGGCCCCUGAACUCAUAUUCGGACUCUCUUAUUCUGAGGCUUUGGACAUCUGGUCUCUAGGCUGUGUGAUGUCAGAGAUGGUCUUCAAGUGCAAACUCUUCCCAGGGGCAGGUGAAGAUGAAGUUGUUAGUAAUUCAGUAUAAGUAUAAAUGAAAACGCCUGUCGCAUUUUUUUGUACUGUGGUUGCAGCCAUUUAAUAAUAAUAAUAAUACAUUUUAUUUGAAAGCGCCUUUC